AUGGUGCUGGUGUUAGCAUUGGGAGAUCUCCAUGUACCCCAUAGAGCGGCUGAUCUACCCCCGAAGUUCAAAUCGAUGCUUGUCCCUGGGAAAAUUCAACACAUCAUCUGCACUGGAAAUCUCUGCAUCAAAGAAAUCCAUGACUACUUGAAGACUAUCUGCCCUGAUUUGCAUAUAGUUCGAGGGGAGUUUGAUGAAGACGCCCGAUACCCUGAGAACAAAACCUUGACUAUCGGGCAGUUCAAGCUGGGACUGUGCCAUGGCCACCAGGUGAUCCCAUGGGGUGAUCUAGACUCGCUAGCGAUGCUUCAGAGGCAACUCGACGUGGACAUACUUGUAACAGGCCACACCCACCAGUUCACAGCAUACAAACACGAGGGAGGAGUCGUGAUAAACCCGGGCUCUGCAACCGGAGCUUAUAGCAGCAUAAACCAAGAUGUUAACCCGAGCUUUGUUCUCAUGGAUAUCGAUGGCCUUCGAGUUGUGGUCUAUGUCUAUGAGCUCAUCGAUGGAGAGGUUAAAGUCGACAAGAUCGAUUUCAAGAAGACCUCCACUUCCAACUCUGCCCCUUAG